GUAUGAUGGCCCACCACAUGCAGGGUCCGGGCCAGCAUGCACCCCGGGCCCGUCUGUGGCCCCCAGUCGCCGAUGGUCACCGACUGUGUGACCGAUGCACCGCACUCCGACGUUGUGACCCACGGUCCCAUCUUGUUGUCACCGGUGACGCCUGUUCUGAAAUUCAGAAUCGGUGUGUGCGGAGAGGAUGAGCACAGUCUCCGUCAGCGUCUGAGAAUGCGUGCAAUGGCUAUGGCCAAAGGGCUCACACCGUCUAUGAACUCUGACACGAUGCCUUCCCAGCAGCAUGAGUCAGGCAGUGCAGCUACGAUCUCACCCAUUACCCAAACGACUCACCGCGUGUCACCGGAGUCGUCGUGUGAUGGUGCUGUCAUGCAGCAGCAGUGUCCGCCUGCCGCGUCAUCUGAGUACGUCCUGAACCGAAUCAUCCGGGACAUUGAGGCUGGUGUGCGUACACCGGAGUCCGAUUAUGUGAAUGUCGGAGGUGAGGCUGUUUCAUUGCACACAAGCCCCUCGCACACACCUUCCCCAUUGCACACUCCUGGCAGUGUACCCGCGGCCACUCUGUCCCCAGUCGUCAGGGAGUCCGGAACGCAUGACACAGCACCGAGGUCUGGAUCUUCUCCAAGCCCACCUGCGGCCAUCCCGUCCCCGAUCAACGGCAAUGUGUCAUCUCACACACCGCCUUCCGUAUCAGUCCCGUCAGGGACACGUGCGGGCGGGCCGUCCCGGAGCCUGCGUCGAAGGCCGUCUUCGGGGGAGAAGAGCACGGACCGGUGGGGGGAGACCGAAACUGAGUGGUUGUGCCGGUUCCGUAACGAAGUGAAGGAGUUGAUGGGCCAAGAGACUAAGGCGUACGGGCGUGCGAGGCUAAAAGCUGGUUUUUGGAAGAUAGUGGAAGAGCGCAUGCGUGCGAAGGGUUACAACCGUGACCACGAGCAGUGCAAGAACAAGUUCAACCAGAUCCUCGACUACUACAGGAGGUUGAGGGCGCACGAGGGCUGGUCCGGUCUGCCGAGCUACUGGGAUAUGAACCAAACGAGGCGGAAGAAGUACAACGUGGACUUCGUACUUCGUCGCAGUUGGUACGACAUCAUACACCCGGUGGAGAAGGACAAGGACUCUAUUAACCUGACGAAUCUGAUGGAUUCUGGGGCGGACGACGAGCGUGUUGAAAACGGAGAGGGGGUCAGCGACAGGGACGGGGCCAUGGAAGGUGGGAGCGAAGACAACGGAUCCGGGUAUGGCGGUUCGCCCGGAGGCUCACAGUCGACAGGUUUCGAGCCGGCGCUCGGCAAACGAAAAAGAGGUGCCGCCAAUGCACGCGAAUCCAGUGUGCAGGCUGUGACAGCUGCUAUGCGUGCUCACACGACUGCGCUGACUCGAUCGGACAUGGAGUGCGCGAAGAUGCGCUGUCAAGCAACUCGUGACAUCGCUAAGCAGCAGGCUGACGCUAAUCGUGAGCUACUACAGCAGGACAUAGCUUCACGCGAGAGGAUUGCUACCAUCAUGGGGGACAAGGUAGAGAACGGCUAUUACGUUCUUGCGGAUGCCAUUCGCAGCUUGUGUCCACCGACACAUAGUCCGUCUACUGAUCCUGAAAGCGGCGAUGACCGGUAGUGUAGCGUUCGGCAGACAGUUGGAGUCUUUAUUUAUUUCAUGCGAUUGUGUGCUGUCGCGAUGAG